AUGAGUCACAAAACAACAGCAUCGACAACAAUAAGAACAACAACAACGGCAACGGCGUGUGCAGGCUGCAUCAACAACAGCACGAGUAGCAAUUACAAUAAUAACAAUGAAGGAGGGGGCAGCAGCAGUUGUAAUUUAAACAACUACCAUGCCUACAACAAUAACAACAGCAACCAAAACAGCAUUGGUAACCAAUAUUUUGUGGUAACGCGCGCAAACAUGGCCAGCAAAACAGAGAGCAACAACAACAACGCCAUUUAUUGCGGCGACAAUGUAGCACAACAGCAACAACAACAAUAA